GUUAAUUACACUCCACCAACACCUUCACCACCACACUUCACCACAGCAGCCCACCACACUCACCAGUAGUAACAGCUGAGUGAGUGGUGGUGGCUGGGCUGGGUGUUGGUCCAUCGUUAUCUCCACACAUAAGUCAAUUCUUUAAGAUGCAUAUGAGCUACUUUUUCUCCUCUACGGUCUACGACUUUCUCUUCAAAGGCGUCAACAUCGUCACAACAUGGGGAAUGGUGUCAUUGUGUCUGGGGCUGGUGUCCCUCUCGGUGCUGGCAGAAGGCUUCAAAGUAGCUCGUUCCCAGCUGUUAAAGGUUGCAACGUCACGCAGAACUGGCUGCAGCAAAUACGAGAUCCCAGAAAGGUCGCCUCUCUUAAUGUCUGAGUCAUUCCUUGGCCGUAGAAAUCAGAAGUUGUUGUAUAAACGCAGGGUGAAAUUCCACAUCUUGCAGUCUUUCUUUCAUGUGCUGCAUCUUAUAAUAGGAUACAUCCUGAUGCUCGUGGUGAUGACGUAUAAUGCGUAUUUCACCAUCGCGGUCGUGGCUGGUGCUGGCCUCGGCUACUUCUUCUUUGCCGUGUUUGACCUUCCAAGUAAACUUCUGGGUAGUUAUCAUUCUCCCCUACCUAAGGACCCCCCCAACUUCACGUGUGGAUCAGAAGGUAACGCAUCUCGUGUACGUAAUUCGUAUGGGACGUCGGAAACUGUGCCGUCAUCUGUGGUGCUUCGUCCCUCGUCUGGGUUUGAACGAUAUUCUCGUAAUGUUGACAGUAUGGAUUUGGCUUUUGAAAACACUAGAGGUGAGGUUGACGAUACACGGAAGGUCGCCGGACACGACGGGGCAGCCGAGGGGGUUGAAAAGUUGGUUGGGGGAUCCUCUGAGGAGCAUUGUGAGGCCAGGAACAAUGUAGAAGUUGAUGUUAGUGAUACUUCUCACCUGCUGCCUCAGGAGACCAUAAAAGUUGAGGUACAAGUACAUGCAUACCCAGAAGAGUGAUUCCUAGGGACACCAGUUUACUAUACAUCAGUUCUUAAGUUCUGUAUGGUCUUUUUUGUCACCUUCACGUGUCUACAGCUGGUGGAUUACUAAAACAAACAUUAACUGCACAUAGAUAUAUACUAACUGGCUGUAAUACUAUUUUUUGUAUUAUCUAUUUGGUGGUUGAUCUAAGAGUUAUUCUCAAAUGUGAAAAAAAAUAACUUCUUAGUUUAAGGUGGCAAAAUUUUCUGCUUAUAUUUUCAGCCGAGUCAUCUAGUGCUCCAGUUGUAUAGAAGGAGAAAUAUAUCAAGGUUUACCGUGCGUGUCCGUCGCUGAGAUCUUUACACAUCCUUAACUUUUAUUAUGCUCAAGUAAAUGCAGUUUCCCAGUCUUAUAAAAUACUCGUUUAACUAUGCUUUUGCUACCUACACCUUCUACUGCAGGAGGACCUUCUCACCCCUCAAGCUUUCUUACUUUAAACCUUAAUAUCAUAGCUUGAUACACUGAAGAAUAAGAUCUAUGAUGCACACCUUAUCUACCUAUGUAACUUAUAACACACAGUACAGUUUGGGAAUCUUGGUUACUCUUGGAGAAGAUGAAGUACAGUACAUGGCUUGUUAGACCAGUUUAGUGUAAAUAUUAUAUAACAGGGUGUCUCAAAAAUGUGUAUUCAUACUGUAUUGCCUUAUUGAUCGCAUUUGUUGGUGUGUAAUGUCUCCCACAGUGCCCAUCAGCACGUGUGGACACUACUGCUCUUGUAGUGUAAAUAUUUGUGCAGUUGCUAUGUAAAUCUGUAAGACAUUGUGUGUAAAUAUUUUUUAAACUGUCUUUAUGUUAUGAAGCCAUGAAGAUUGAUUAGCAAAGUGUAAUUCCUUCUGAAAUAUUAUUGAGAGUGAUAAGCCACUUCAAGGUUGUAUUUAUUGAAUUAUGUGCAUCAUCAUAAUGUUUGUUGGGUACCAUUGAACUGGUACUAAUACAAGCAGGAAGAAUCAAACAUAUACAUGGACUGAGUAUCCAGGGUUUUCACAUUACUGUACACUGGUAAAUACUGUAGCUUCAUUGAUUGAUUGAGCUAACAUCUUGGUUGGUGGUUCAUAUUGUUCCAACAGCUAAAUCUGUAGAUAGUUCAUUAUCAUCAUUAUCAACAUUUUAUAGCCAUUUUCGACACUAAUUUACAGUAGGCAAGUCACACAUCUCUAGAAUUGCAAUGUCUUUAAACCCUAUUUGGGCCUUGUAACUCCAUAUUCAGUUAACACCCUGUAUAUAUGUUACCGGUACUCAGGAUAGUGUCCUAUGGUGUAGCAACACUGUAAGCUGCAGAUGUUAUUGCUUAUCUGUAUUUACUGUUUUAAUGGUGUUAGUCUAUACAUAUUGAUCUGACUUGACAAAUGAUGAGAGUGUGAUAACUCAAUUUUAGAAACACAAAUGAAAAUCUUAUUUCUCGUACACUUAUUCUUAGAUGUUAUGAUAUUACCUGUAUUUCAUUUGUCAUUUGUUUGACUUCAUAUCGUUUUUUGUAUAACAAUGUAAUUUUUAUUUUCAUAUUAAUUUUAGAUUUAUGAAGGAAGUUACUCAUAGGAAAAUAGAGGUCAGGUUUGGUUAUAGUUUUAGCAUUGUCUCUGAUGAUUACAUAUUUUAGUACCAGUUAAGGUGUGUCAUGUUGUACUCCUACAGACAGCGUAAUUUAAUUUUUUAUAUUAGAUUUACUGUACAGAGUUUCCAUGAAUUACUUGAACCAGAAAUGUUAUAGAUAAAACACGUCAGUUUUAUUAUACUCGAUUACCAACUCUUAAGUUUUUUUCUUGUCUCAGUAGAUGUUCACAUGUGCACUGUGUUCUGUCUAUAAUAUUUUUGAAAUUAUUAAGUUUUAUAAUAGGUCAGAUAAUUUAUGGACACCGUGUAACCAAGCAUAGGAUAUUUUUUUAACUCCUGCACUACUGUAAGGCUACAGGAACCAAGAGCAAUAAUACUCUCCUUUAACUCACCGUCAUCUAUAAUAUACAAUACAGUAAAGACUUGUUAUUCCUGGUGUUAUCAUUCGUGGUUUGGACUUCUCGGUAAGCAAAUGGUGAAUAGCUCCUGAGCCUCUGGUGGAGCACUGCGGGUCACUCCACAGCAUCUCCUCUCUCUUGUUGUCCUCAAAACUUUAGUGGAUUUUGUGUGAAAUUUCCCCUAAAAGACUGUACUGUAUAGUGAUGCUAGUGCAAAAGUCAUUGAUGAUCCCUACCAAGAAAGUUCAGUUAUUAGAUAAGUUAAAGGAAGGAAUGAGAGCCACAGUGGUUGGCCGGUUGCUUGGUUUGAACGAAUCCACGGUGUGGUACAUUGAGAAGUAAGAACAAGUGACUGUUGCAGCGAGUGCUUCUACAGGUGCCAUAGUGGUGCAGACUGUUUGUGAUAAGAACCUAGUGUACAGAAAAAUCAACAGGUGGUGAAGGGGCUGGUGCAGCUACUGAACCAACUUUUAGUGCCAGGAAAGGUUGGUUCGAGAAUUUUAAGGAAAGAUUCUUACUCCAUAAUGUGAAGGUCACUGGGGACGCCACAUCAGACAGCCACAUACGAGUGUAAGUAGUAUGGGUGACAUGAGUUUCUCAAACAGUAGUGCACUAUGGUAGUAUAAGUUGCUGUUCGCAGUUUUGCCUAUUUACGCCAUUCCUUGGAGCCUCACCCUUGUGAAUAACAUGGGUUUACUGUAGUCUAUUUUCAUUAAGAUGUGCUCAUCAUCUCUACCAGUUUCUAUUUUAGCUGUGGUCUUAAUCUUUUAUGCCUUGUCAUAUUUGUUCUUUUUAUCUGGUACUUUUGUAGUACAGCGGCAAUUUGCAUGUUUCUCAUAACUGUGUCCUGGGUUCAAUCCUCGGCAAGGGACAGAUUGAGGUGGGUGUUAUCAAAUGUGACUUUACUGGAUGCAUUUAUUGCUGGGCAUCACUAAACUAUCCCUGGCAGGAGAUACACAAAACUCGUAUAUUAUCUUAAUAUUGUGUGACGCUUUUCAUAAUAUUCUCAAAAUCUUUCACAUGUUAUUAUGGAGUCACACACACACACACACACACACACACACACACACACACACACACACACACACACACACACACACACACACACACACACUGCUUAAGGCUGUCUGUUGUAGCCGACGAUGACUCUGCUUCAUUAUGAAAUUGAUGAUGAGUGGUGAACUAGGGAUGUUGUCGGCGGUGCCACUGGAUGUGGCUAUGGAGUCCAAACCUUGACUCGCAGACUCAGUCUCACAUUGGGUGUCCAUUCCCUACUUACACAUCCGGCCCUAUUGCACACGUUCUCGAGAUGUUUGACCUCUUGGGUACAGGUUGAGUGCCUAUCUCGUGUUACAUCGACGUUCUACUGUAUUGUUAGCGGAAGAGAGAAUAAUAUUACUCUCAUUAUUUACAAUCUUAUCAUCUAUUUAAUCACAGAACUGAACUUUGAUUCAACUUUACAGCUCACUGCUUGGCCACCCCUUGGUGUGCCUCUUGUUCUCUUCAGCCAUACACAGCUCUAAUGACAACCAUCACUCUUGACCCCACUACACUCACUGCGGUUACAACCACAUUAUCCGUUCACUGACCCCUUACAGGGGCUACUCUCUUAUACCCAACUAUCCCCCUUAUUAACACUACUCUGGGUACCUUGCCCGGUGUCACUCAGUAACAACACUGUAGACACUGGGUACAUCCCUUAAAUUUUGUCUGGUCUUGGUGUAUGCCACCAGCACGCUUCCACCGGGCUGCUACUGUGGCUAAUCCACCACACUCACAGGUUCUUAGUAGCAACUUUAGGUAGACACUGGGGAGUUCUCACAGUGCACAGGGUCGUGUCACACUGCCAACACCAGUUGGACCUCUCUGUCGCUGUUCUUGAGGUAGCAAGGUCACCGGAUUAAUGGUCCUCUAAACUCCCCUUUCCAAGCUCUCCACUUAUGCCUACCAGCCUUACAAGAUUCCUUUUCCUGUACAAGCGAGAUGAUGUCCAUUAGCGAGUUGUGACUUAUCUCAGGCUGGGGUAGCCGAGAUAAACACUGAUGACAACAGUGUAGUUUGACUCAAUCCACAUGACUGUCUUUAAGCAGUCCUCUCGUGAGCUUAUUGGUUCUCUUCACAAUGUCCGGUGAACACGUAUUUGCAGCUUCCGCAGACUACAUUGCCAUAAUUACCUUAAAAGUGUUUGUGGCGUCUUACUUAUGACUAGUCCUUCAUGUGGACACUGGAACACUUGAAGGGAUAGAUAUGUUUACUUACAACUUUUCAUGAUCUGAUUACUUUAACCAAGGGGACCGUAGGGAGUGUACACAACUACUGUACACAUAUAUCAUUUGAUGGGCAAUUAUGGAUAGGAAAUUAUUGAACUGAAAAAAAAAUAGGAAAAAUCAUUUGUGUAGAUUAAUAUAACUAAAGUAGUGUUUCUUUUGCUUUAUAUUGGUUAAAUAGAGGUGGUAAUAGUACUGUGCCGCCUUGGAUGUCUUGCACAAAUAAUAUACUGUGUUUUUUGUAUAAUUAGCGUAUUCUUGUUGUGACUGGAUGUUUCAUUCAGCAUUGUUACACUAAGAAGUGUUAGUGUCGUUGCUCAAAGUUAUAUUAUGCCGUUUUAUGAGUUUUUUAAUACAAUGUAGCAGCAGUAAAUAUUUAAUGUUAAGUUAAUGAAGGUGCUUAUACCAUACAAGUUGUGGAUGGGUUGUGUUUCAGUCUCAUUAUUUUGCUACACAAUUGAGAACAAGUUGUACUAUUUAGGGUGUUUGUUAAGUACACAACUUCAUUAGGUCAUUGUGUCUCGGUAAGCUGAAGCAUCACUCACUCAGGCAGAGCUUUAAGACUGGAGCUAGUUUCUGUCUGCUCAGAUCCGUUAUGCUACUUCACAUUAAGAUUAUUUGUAGGAUUGACCAAGCAAUUACUUAUCUCAAAGAGUGAGUGAAGAUUGGUAUUAAAAAAUCAGGUUCUUGCAGUAAAAAAAAAUAAUAAUAAUUUCUACUUUUCUUUGUAGUGUUUUUCAUAGUUAGUUGGGAUUUUGUCUUUUAUAUAUGACUGAGUUUUAUGUCAUUCAGAUUAUUAUUAUACACUGAUACAGGUAGUACCAAAGAUUAUCAGUUAUGUUAGUGAUCAGUAGGUGAUAUGUGUGAGCUCUGGUGGGUCAGUGAGACCAGGGAAUGAACAGGGUGAAGGAGUGAGUUGAAGGGAGCUAAUAAGGCUCAAGACAGAGUUAGUGCUGGUUGGGAGAAACUUAUGGUAUGGGUAUAAUAUUGCAAUGUUUAGUUACUCAGGGAAAACAUUCAUACUAACAAGAUUGCUCCACAUUAGCUCCAGACCUCCCAUAAAUGACUAAAACAGCUAAAAAUACACAGAAGUAGAAGUGAUGGUGUGAAAAUAUCAAAGGAAUAUUUAUAUGUGUUAUCCCAGGAGAGAGACACAGGAAUACAUAAUGUGUGUGUGUAUAUGUGUAUGGUUGUCCCUCUGGUAGUUGUGGCCAUGAGAGCUCAAGCCAUUACCGUUGGAGUUUUACCAAAUUUUUUAUGUAGGUGCACCAUAACACCUCGGAGAUCUAACAUAAUUUCAAUAAUCUGUGUACAGUAUUAUGUUGGUGGUACAGCAGUAAGUGUUCUGGUUUUGAUUCCCAGCACAGGUCAAAUGUGAAAAGGGUGUUAUCCAAUGUGACCUUACCAAACAUCACAGGUUCUCUCCAGAUACUUCAGUUUCCUCCUUUGCCAACAUUGGACAAUAAAGGUCAUAAUGAUUAAUCAACAAUGAGCAGGCCAACUACCUGAACAGCUAGUAAGAUGAUACGUUGUGAAAUGAAAGAAAAAUUACCAAGUUAUGGCCUCCUAGACUUGACAAAUUGUAUCAGCCAUUAUGUACAUCUUGUCAGGUUUGUGUAUCUGUUUCUUCCUGUUUCAUUUGUAAGUUGAAAGUUGGUCAGUAGAUAGAAACUUUCUAUAAACAGAAAUAGAUCAAAGCCGAGUCUCCCAGAUUUAUCCAAGUAUACUCCUGUACAGAAUGUAAUAGAUGUGGAUGAUAGAUAGAUGUUUACAAUGUACAUACUGGGUAGACCAUAUAGGUAUACAAACAAGGGUAAACAGAAGACAAUUCAACCAAGACUAGUCAACAAAGCCAUCAGAUGGUUAUUACCAGAGAAGAAGUGAGUAGGUGGAGAUAAUAAAUAUAGGUGGAAGCAGUAAAACAAUAAUAUUAAGCUUGUGGUGCUGUUGAUACUGUAGAGGAAAACUUAGAUAAAUUAAUAGUAGAAGAUAGUAAAGGAUUAUAUAUCUUGUAUAUUAAUAACACUGCCAUAUCUUAAAUCAAAUGCACAAAGAUUAAUUGAUGUUUUUGUCUUUAUGUUUGAUUUAUAUGCUAUUUAUUGUUUAGUUUUUCCUCCUUUAGAUUUCUUCAUUUUCUGCUUAAUCAUUUUCUUUGUUGGUGUCUAUUUAUCAUCCUUUGUCUCUCGUCUGUCAUACUGUGUGGACGAUGGGACCUUUACUGUCUAACACCCGGCCCUGACUAACACAACAUGUCCUCUUAAGUCAGUGUCUGUAUCAUUCAGGGAUAUGGACUGUACCUGUUUCUGUCACAAGUCCUUUAAUCUGUACUUACUGUCAUAUUUAUAGAUCCAUAGCAAUAAUUGUUUUGAUAGUGAAUUAAAAGCUCUAAUGUGAUUGCUGUCAUGUCUUUACUUAUGGUCAGAGUAAAUGUACAGCAAUGUGAAGUCUUUGUAGCAGUUUCUUUUUAUAUAUUAAUUGGCUUACAGGAUAUUAGCCAAAUAUAUACUGAGUUAUAAUUGAUGAUUAUGAGUUAUAAUUCUUGGUGGUAUUUUGAAGAGUGUGAGAGUAGUGAGCUGCACUGACCAGGAAUAAAGUGAUUACCCAGUACUUUAAAGUGGUCAGUCUGAUACCCACUACACUGAGGUCAAGUUAUCAGAGUGUUAGCCCCUUCUGUACCACAUGACUUUAUGUACUGUAUGUAAAGUCUCUUGUUUACCAUACUGGUGCCAUCAUAUAUGUAUGUGCCAGCUUCAUCAUGCAUUCACCAAGAGGCUAAUGCAGUUAUGUAUAAUUAUUGUAGAUUUAUGGUACAUUAUGUAUUUAAUUGUGGGAUUUGUAAACAUAACCAAAGUCUCUUGAGAUUAUAGCUUUGUAAGGUCAGGACCCUCCGGUGAAAAACCAUGUGUCUUGUAAGUUAAUUGUGUUUAAGGUGAGAAAUCUUGUGUCAAAGGUGUUCAGGACUGGUACCUGUGGUGAAGUGUGUGUAUGUAUGUAUGUGUGUGUGUGCGCAGGUAUGUGUGUGUGUAUCUCUUUGUCAACCAUUGUAGAGGAUAUAGCCUAGCCCUUGCCACCUGACCCAACAGUUGAUGAUUUGAUUCCCACAACCAUCCACUGUGUAGGGUGCCAACAAUCAAAAUGAGUACGUAGCCAACUAUAGGAAGUGAAGGACAAUGGAAACUGGUGCUGGCCAAACUGACUCCUUGUGUACCAAAUGCUUAGUUUUUACUGUGCUGUAUUUACACUGUCCUUAAUGGUCUGGCAGGCUUAUAGGACCCUUUUUCACUUCCACCUUGUAUAGGAAACUUAUACUACCUAUAUUAAGCAAACUGUAAACAUAUUACUGUGAUAUAUUUGGCAUCUAGUUACCAAAUCCUAAGUGAAAAUAUUUAGUGUCAUUAAAUACUGUAUUGUGUUUAACUAUAUACUAAGAUUUAUUGUUAUAAUUUUUUUCUGACAUUAAAUUCCACUAUGCA